AGCACGCAUCGUGCGCUCCGAUGUCUUGAAUAAAUUAACCGCGAAUAGAUCGCGUUUCGUGGUCAGAAUAAUUAAGUGUUAGCAAAUAAUAAGUCUCAUAAGUUGCAGCCAUGUGCGGUUAGAGUUUGUACGUGCUUGUGGUAAAUAACUUCCAUUCUUGUGCUGCCGUUUCAAGGACAAGUGUGCAAUAACAAUGCCUGGACACGCCAGUAGCCCUUAUUGGACUGCAGUGGAUUUCGACAGCGAAGACGAGCGAUGCCCGUCUAAUAACAGAAUGUAUCUCGACCCAUGGGAUAACGACGCGUAUUUAAAAAUGCAGGGUGAAUCCCCGGUGUCUAGUGAAGAACAUCUGAAUUCUUUUGCCGGCGAACCAGUUAGUGGCAGUUUUUAUUAUGUACCAACGAAAAAUUAUGAUGCGUGUGAAGAUAGAACUCCGGUGAAGAGAAUGAUACCUGAGGAAAUGGUUGCGCCCGACUAUCAGAUUUAUGGUAGAAGACAUUCUAGGGCUAUGGUGCCGGAUUACCAUGAGGGCUCUUUGUACGGCUACGGGCCCAUGCAUGAAAUAGAAAGAAGACGUUCGGUGUAUUGUGAAGAACCCAUGUACAUUCCUCAUCCGAUGAUGUACGAAAGCAUGUAUGGUCCAGCGCCGGUACCUCAUCCAGGGUACGCGCCUUCCAGGCCUCGUGUGUCUGCACCACGUCCUGACUAUCUACCACUGCCACCACAUCCGAGUUACGAGAAAUACAGAAGACAUUCUAGGAUGGCAGAUGCAUACGAACAAUAUCCAUAUGAGAGACCUGAGUAUGAAGAUUGGGCACGGCCUAUGCCCAAAGCAGCACCUGACAACUUCCACCUUUCAAGAUACGGACACCUGCAAAUUGAUUAUUCUUGCAGCUGGAAUUCGCUCGACAGACUUAUAAGGAAUAGUUAACGGCUUAUAACAUGUGAUACAGUUAUACCCAAAUUAAACGUACCGUUGAAAUGUAUUUUCGUCAUAUCCAUAUUAAUUUUUUUAUAGUAGAAAAAUAUGGAUAUGCAGACGAUUAAUUUAAAAGUAACGGACAUCUUUAUUCUUAUUAUUGCCUUGUACAUACAUGGGACAUCACAUUUUCUAUCAGACUUAUAAGGCCUAUGCGCCUCAUACACUUUUUCCCUUUCGUGUGGUAUUUAAUGUCUAGAUCCUGCAACAGGUAAAAAAAUUAUAUAUUAUAAUAUUCUAUAUAUUAUAAUAAGAACAGUAUUUGGCCGAAUUUAAUAAAGGUCAUACAUAUUAAGUAUUAAAAAUAAAUAAGUUUAUAAUGAAAAUAGUAGAGUUUAUAAUUUUUGCCAAAAUAACGGCUUUCUUGUGGAUCGUACGCACAUUACAAAAACUAAUUACGUAAGCCUAUGAUUAAAUGCGUUUGAAGUUUUCAUUAAAUAAUAAGUAUUAAAUAUUAGGCAAAGGCCAAAGAUAUAAACUAAUUAGUUAAGAUUAUAGUUAGUUAUUCUUAUAAUUACUUAAAGCUACAAAUGAAGUCGCGAAGCAGAAAUUUUUUCGGACAUCGAACUCAAAUCUGUUAAUACACUGUGCCUUAAUUGCGCGUCUAUGUGUAAGCGAGAUGGAAAGCUUGCUGAAGAAUUGAUAAAGAAUUGUAUGCCGGCGAUUGAUACAAGUACUAAUAGGUCCGAAAUUCGUCCUAUAAUUCUUUUGAGCGUCGUCUAAUGAAGUUGUUUUAAAUUAACAUCAGUGUAUCAUUACUUACUUGUUUAAAUGAAAUGAAAAUAUUACACUUUCACGCCUUAGCCCUCGAUGUCUAUUGUCAGCGGCACAGAAAAGCUAUAGCGUAUAAUCAUCACCAUUUUAGCAGGUUUACGUCCCCUAAUGCACAAAGGACUCCCCCAAAAAUUUCCAUCGGUGCGGCGCUGCCCUCAUCCAACCUAUUCGGGCCAUGCGUCUUUCAGUACGUGGUCGUCAUUCGAGGACUUUACUGGCCCAAUGGGCGGCUAUCUGUCCUUUGAUCUAUGUGCCCUGCCCACUGCCACUUUAGUUUCGCAAUUAUCCAAGCUAUGUCGGUGACUUUAUUUCUCCUACAGAUCUCCUCAUUUCCGAUUCAAUCUAUCAGGGUAAGUUCGACCAUAGCCCUCUCCAUUGCCCUUUCUGAUAAGUCCCAAAGAUAGCGAACAAAUUAUCUGCGUUCUGUAUGUCAUCGUAGCGUAUGUAUGCAAUAAGAAUUAAACUUGAUUUUUUUAGAUCCCGAGGGAAAACGAUUUAAAGUCGAGUUGUCAGGCCCCUUACAAUAGUGACAAUAUUUUGAUCUGAGAUGCAACUGGCUAUGGCAUAGCUUAUCGGGAUAUGACUGAUAGCCUAAGAUGUAGACGCAUAUGUCUGUAACUGUUCCGGCAUUCACACAGGCACAUAGUUAAUAGUAUAAUAUAUUAUAUAUUCUUUAUAAUGUGGUACAAGCACCGACAUCUACUGUACCUAAAGUACAAUAGAUGUCGGUGGGUACAAGCAAGUGUGAAGCUGAGUUAAAUUUAUCUUCUGAUCUGUUUUUAACUUUAUAAAUUUUUAUAACCAUUUAAUAAGCACAUUCUUCUCAAAUGUGUAUUGUAAUUUAUCAUACACCCACUCUUGUUACAUUGUAUCCUUAUAUUUAACUACAUCAACAUUGUAUUAUCGUACUUACACACAAUAAAGUUGAUUUUACAUA